AUGGAACAAGUUUCAAAAUCAUUUCGCUAUAUCAUCCGUGGUCGACAUAGUCCAUAUCGAUUCUUAUAUUAUAAUCUAUUAGCAAUGUAUUGUCCACAAGAUGAUAUGAAUGUAUUAGAAAAUAAUGAGCAAGAACAUCCAAAUCAUGCACCCGUUCUACCAAAAAUAACGAAAGCUUAUGCUAAAAAGGAAGCGAGGGAAUUUAAAGUUUCAGAUUGGAAAUUUGUGGAAUCCUACAAAUAUUACGUAACUCAAGUAUGUACAAUCUGUGGUGAUUCCGGUGAUCCAAUUCCAAUAUGGGAAGUUCGUUUAUGUCGAUUUUGCAUUGUCAGGCAAUUAGUCAAUAAGAGUGCAUUAUAUGCGUACACUUUAACCGCUAAGGAAAUCGAAGUGCUCAAGUCAUGGAAGACUUAUGUAUAUGAUUUAGGCAUGCAUUGUACUUUCUAUCUACGUACUCACCUUGAUCAUCUUCGACGUCAAAAAUAUUCUGAUCCUCAAAUCGCUUUGGAUGCUGAUGUUGAAAAACGUCAAUCCGAAAGGUUUGAAAAAGAAAAUCUUAAACGUAAGAGAAAGCAAAGGGAACAAGAGGAUUCUUAUAUAGAACGAACGGCCGCCGUACUUCAAUGUUUUAAAGAUCUUCGACUAAAAGCUGAUUUGGCUGUCAUGGAAGAAUGGUGUUUGGCUCGUAAACGUCUUCUAAAAAGUAAAACUCUUCGUAAAACUUUAGAUGAGAUCAUGCAAGAAUUACGUCAAGUAGUCGUUCCACGAGUUGAAAGAUUAAUGGAUUUAAAUCAUAGAUUAUUGGGUGAUAAUAUACCAAUUGAAAAACUGCGGAUGGAUUUGGAUUUAAAAACUCGAAGAAUGCAUGAUGAUUAUGUAUUAGGUGAAAUUCUAAGUUAUUUCACUCGAGAAAAAAAAUUCGAAUCAUCUAUCAACAUUACAUUCUUUUCUUCGGUGACACCAGAAGAUUUCUUAUGUUAUUCAUUGGAUGUGAAAAGAUUUGUACAAGAUGCUCGUGAGUGGUGGGCUCGUCGAGGUAAAAAACCACCACCAGACAAAUGUGGAGAAUUAUAUUUGGCCCGAGUUCGUAAACGACAAGCUUGGCUUAGGAAUGAUAUGUCAUUAGUGCAAACUCAAGAAAAUUGGAGGAGAGAAUUAUUGGAACGUAAAUUACGAGAAAAGGUUGAUUGGUAUUUUACGGAUUUACCAAGGUGCAUAACUGAUCUUAGAAAUUUAUAUGAACGUAAUUUACAACGACGGAUGAGAAAUAGAGAACAUUUCUGGAUGAAGGGUAUGUCAUCACAAACUGAAAUGGAGGAACCACCAGAAAGAUUGAAACAAAUGUAUAGUGAUUAUGAAGAUUUCAUAAAGAAUUGUAAUGGAUUUUGUUCAACUGAAGAUGGUUACUGCGGUUGUUUAGAAUAUGCUGCGAAAGACAUAAUCAGAGCAAAUACAGUAUUGAGACGUAAAGAAUGGAUGGAUUCACAAUUACGAAAAUUCAGAGAUAUUGGUUAUCGUGCUGCAGUUAUGUACAUUUGUCGAGCUGAAAGAUUUAUGCAACGAUUACUUAACGAGGUUCCAACAUUUUCGGCUGAAUUAAUUACUGCCGAUGCACGAGAUUGGUAUAAACGUUGUCUUGGGAUUGUAUCAGAUUUUUAUGAUCCACCACGUCGACCUUGUUCAUGGACAGCUUUUACUUCACAUUGUUAUUAUUAUGAAGUUCAUACCAACGCAAUGGAUCGACCUGAUGUUAAUUUUACCAUUCAAAAAAUUAGAGAAUGUGAAAAGAUUCGAUUAAGUCGAUUAACACAAGCUGAUAAUGCGGCAAAAAAAUCACAAUUAACACCAAGUUUCUGGAACAAAGCGAUGAUCAAAAGACCUAUUGAUGGUGUAUCAUUUGCUACUAGAGUUAGAUGGAUAAAUUCAAAUGGAUGGUUUUCAUUAAAUCAAUUAGCUCAAUCUUGGGUUUAUGAUGAAGAUCAAGCUCCAUUAAGUGCGUUAGAACCUUUUAUUAAAGAAAAAGUUAAACAAAUGGAAAGAGAUAAACGUAAAGAAGAUAUUUCAUCAAGAAUUAAGGAACAUCCAAUAUAUCAGGAAAUUUUCAAGGAAAUUGAUGAAGAUGCCGAAUUCUUCUUACGUGCUACAUAUGAAAUUAAUACCAUCUAUAAGGUCUCUAAUCUUUAUAAAGCUCAUGUUGAAGAUGUUGAACCAGGAAUUGAUCCCGACAAAGUUGUACGACAAGUUAUCGAUCUUAUUAGAGAUGUGAAAAUGGGAGUCAUUAGCAAAACGUUAUGCACUGGUGAAAAAGGUUUUGGUUUCAGAGGUUCGAAAUUUCAUCGAAUCAUUCCUCAAUUCAUGCUUCAAGGAGGGGAUUUCACCAAAGGUGACGGAACUGGUGGUAAAUCAAUUUAUGGGGAAAAAUUUAAAGAUGAAAAUUUCCAAUUGAAGCAUACUGGACCUGCAAACACUAAUGGAUCGCAAUUCUUUAUUUGUACAGUCAAGACUGCUUGGUUGGAUGGUAAACAUGUAGUUUUCGGUCAUGUCGUUGAUGGCAUGGAUGCUGUGUAUGAGAUUGAAAAAUACGGUUCUUCCUCUGGUACUCCCAGUAAACCAAUUUCAAUUAUUGACUGUGGUGAAGAGUGA